CCGGGGAAUGACCACCACCAUGCUCCCGGCCCUACCACUAUAUACCAGCCAUGCAGCGCCCAGUGUCUACGUCCAUUAUCAUCUUCCAUAUACCCAAUAGCUAGACAUCAUGACCCAACAACCGCCAUUGACUGGUAUUCGGGUGCUGGAGUUCGCGGGGCUGGCCCCAGGCCCCUUCGCAGGUAUGCUUCUCGCCGACUAUGGCGCAACCGUCCUCCGCCUCGACCGCGCCCCCGUCAUCCCCACCAACGACCAGCUCACCCGGCACAAAACCUCCAUCUGCGUCAAUCUGAAAUCGCCAGGCGGCAUCGCCUUGAUCAAGAAGCUUAUCCUCCACGUAGACGUCGUCAUCGACCCCUUCCGGCCCGGCGUGCUCGAGAAACUCGGGCUAGGGCCCGAAGAGGUGCUGCUGAAGCUCAAUCCACGCCUCGUCGUUGGCCGCAUGACGGGCUUCCGCCGCGAUGGAAAGUACAGCCAGAUGGCGGGGCACGACAUAAACUACAUCGCCGUGUCGGGCGUGCUGUCGAUGUUUGGGCGGAAGGGCGAGAAGCCGUACCCGCCUGGAAACGUGGUGGGGGACUUCGCGGGAGGCGGGGCGAUGUGCUUCUUGGGUAUAUUGCUCGCCCUGUUUGCGCGCGCGCAUAAUGGGGGCAUUGGGCAGGUAGUGGAGGCGAACAUGGUGGACGGGAGUGCGAUUUUGGCGACGAUGCCAAGACUGGGGUUGAAGACGGAGAUGUGGAGGGCGCCAAGGGGGGAGAAUAUGUUGGACGGAGGCGCGCCAUUUUACGAUACGUAUGAGACGAAGGAUGGGCGGUUUAUGGCUGUGGGCGCCAUCGAACCCCAGUUCUUCGCCCAGCUCCUCAAAGGCCUCUCCCUCACCCCGUCCUCUCUACCCGGCGCUCAACAAGACCGUAAAUGCUGGCCCGCCAUGAAGACCCUCUUCACCUCUACCUUCAAAUCCAAGAACCGUGACGAGUGGGAGAAGAUCUUUGGCGACACAGAUGCGUGUUGCACUCCCGUAAUUACGCAGGCUGAACUCGAGGCCGACGGAUUCGACCAGCGGCCAGCCGUGACACUGAAAGCAAGCCCUGGCUAUGCGAUUGCAGAGGGCAGCGCGGACCGACCGGCCGCAGUGGGUCAGGGGUCAGGUGUGAAGGGGAGUGGGUGGAAUAACGAGCUACUGCAGCCUGGGAAGGGCGGAGAGGAGACCUUGGAACAGUGGCUGGGGUGGAAGAGGGGAAAGCAGUUUGGGGUUGAAGGGGGAGGGCUUGUCAUUAAUGGUACCUCAAAGCUGUAAAGAGAGAUAGUAAGUCUUGUAGUAUAUCAGAAGGUAUUUGGAGCUUCGAGAAUUGCCAUCGGGCCUACGAGGCUUCUUCUGCUCGACGUGCUGCGCGAUGCUUCUCUCUGCUUCUCCAUGUCAGCCUUCACGUUAAAAAUGUAGAGGGUGCAGUUCGAUGGAAGUGGUGGUA